AUGUCUAUAUUAAGUAUAGGCUUUUUAAAUUUAAUUGGAUUAAUAUUACAAAUGAUUUAUUUCUAUGAAAAUUUUAUACAUAUAUUUUGGUUAUUUAAUAAUAAUGGAUCUUAUAUGGGUAUAACAACACAACCAAAUAUUUUUUUAACUGGUGUCGAUGAAAGUCGACGAUGUUUUUUUGCUGAUUAUAUACGUUUAUUAGCUUAUACAGCAUUUAAAGAUACACAUUGUGAAAUACGUACAUUAACUGUUAAUUAUUCACCAUAUUUAUAUUAUUCAGAUUUUCAUUUUCUUUCAUUAUUAUGUAAUGAAAAUAUUCAUUUAUUUUCAGAUUCUAUACAUAUACAUUAUUGGACUGAACGUUAUGCACGUUUAUGUUGUAAACAUUUUCAUCGACCAUAUUGGGCUAUAAGACGUGGUAGUUUAGGACAUUUAGUACGUUGUGAAGAUUUAUCAAUGAAAUUUAAUUUUAGUAAAAUUAAAAUUCGUGUUGAAGUUAAUGAUUUUGGUUUUUGA